CCUUGGGUAUUUAACACAGCCGUAGGAUAACAGGAUCUACAUUCCAACGAAGGAACUUCGUCAGCAAACAUGAACUCAAAGGUACUUCUCGUAGUCUUGGGCCUGGCUGCCCUCGUAGCAGCUGACAGCAGGGAAUCUUUCGAAUAUGCCCCACGAAGGGGAUCCUCCGAGGAGUCCUACGAAUCCAGCGAGGCCCAUUACAACUUCAACUGGGCCGUCGACCACGACCCUUCCAGCAACGAAUUCGGACACCAGGAAACCCGUGACGGAGACGACACUCAGGGAUCCUACUACGUCGAACUCCCCGAUGGUCGUCUGCAGACUGUCAAGUAUUUCGUCGACGGAGACUCAGGCUACGUAGCUGAGGUCAACUACGAAGGAAGCGCAUCAGCCGAGUCAGGCUCCGCUGAGUCCUUCGAGAGGCCACGAUACCGCUACGACUCCAACGAGUCCAAAUAAGUUAAUCAUGCAGCAUCCUUACUGGAACCGACCUGAGGACUAUUUAUUUAAUAUAUUUAUUCGGUAAUAAAUGCAGUUCAAGUA